CUCGUGCGGUGAAGAAAGGAGCCGCGUUCUCGUGUUGAUUACUUAAUUGGAGCAUUACGUGGGGAAAGCCACAACAGAGCCGCCACCGGAAACGUCCAUGCGGGAGAGGGGUCCCAGUUUCCAGGACCGGCACUGCGCCUCCUAUUAUAACCCAAGGGUUGUCUUAUACGUGGGAGACGUGAACGCAUAUCAUGGCAAUCUUGACAUCAGCCUUGUGGAAACAAUGGCCUGUAAAAGAUGCGAUAAACCCCGCCGCGACCGUAUUGCUCAGCAACAGCCCCGUCCGUGCCUGAAUCCCAAUGUGAUCGAGCCCUGGCGAGGGCUGGCGAGGCAUAAAAGCGCACAAUAUGCACGGCCGGGUCUUGACCCCCAAAUUUCCCGAUCGAGCCAGGCCGGGAGAUCGCCGGUCCAAGCCAGAAGGAAACCGCCGGCGUUUUGGCGUUGGCGUGAUCGUAAUGAUGAUGAUGAUGAUGAUGAUGCGGCUGCAACUGCGACAGAAGGAGAAAUCAAAGACACGAAAAUGGGCAUGAAGCAUGGAAGUAGUCAGAUUUGUCUUGGUGUAAGACAGCUCACAAGUCUAGCGAGGCGGGGCUGGGAAGAUGUGUCUUGCAGAAAAGAAAUGGCGCCUUGUUUCAGAUCGGAUCGUGCAGAGCAACGUGGAGGCACGACCAGAGGAGCUUGGCUGGGCCUGUCCUGGUGCAACACAUGAGAAAUAGACAGACCCCUACAUGCCCUCGACGGCGUACGAAGGAACUGAGUCAGUAUUCCGAUGAUGGGGAAAUUUCCAAGUCAAG